CUCCCUCCUCUUUUUUUCUAAAAAAAGCACCGAGGUUUUCUCUAGCAAACUCUAGAAGACAAGAGCAAAUCACAAAUUACAUCUCCUCUCUCUCUCGCACCUUCUAAACUCCCUCUAUUUCUUCUCUUAUCCUCUGUUUUCACUCUCUGUUUUUUUCCUUAAGACUGACGAAUCCUAUUUCUUCUAAACCCGCAACAGCUACAACCAAAACCCUUCUGUGAAAGUUCUCUCCUUUGCUCAGGAAAUGGCAGAACAAGAAUACACAGUAGCAUCAGACAGUGAAAACACUGGAGAGGAGAAAUCUUCAUCAUCUCCUUCAUUACCCGAAAUCGCUGUUGGAAUCGAUAUUGGUACUUCACAAUGCAGCAUAGCUGUUUGGAACGGCUCUCAAGUUCACAUCUUGAGGAACACAAGAAACCAAAAACUCAUCAAAUCAUUCGUCACUUUCAAAGACGAAGUCCCUGCCGGUGGUGUCAGCAACCAGCUCGCGCACGAGCAGGAAAUGCUAACCGGAGCCGCUAUCUUCAACAUGAAACGGCUCAUCGGUCGUGUAGACACUGAUCCUGUGGUUCACGCCAGCAAGAACCUUCCUUUCUUGGUUCAAACUCUUGACAUUGGUGUCAGACCGUUUAUUGCAGCUUUGGUUAACAAUGCUUGGAGAUCAACGACUCCAGAGGAAGUCUUAGCUAUUUUUCUUGUGGAGUUACGUCUGAUGGCUGAAGCUCAGUUGAAACGGCCUGUGAGAAAUGUAGUCCUCACGGUUCCGGUUUCGUUCUCUAGGUUCCAGCUCACAAGGAUUGAACGAGCUUGCGCUAUGGCUGGACUUCAUGUUCUUCGUCUGAUGCCUGAACCAACUGCAGUGGCGUUGCUAUAUGCGCAACAACAGCAGAUGACUACGCAUGAUAACAUGGGAAGUGGAAGCGAGAGGCUUGCGGUUAUAUUCAAUAUGGGUGCUGGUUACUGCGAUGUUGCGGUUACUGCAACUGCUGGUGGUGUUUCACAGAUUAAAGCCUUGGCAGGGAACCCUAUUGGAGGAGAAGAUAUUUUGCAGAACACAAUGCGCCAUAUCGCGCCGCCAGAAGCAGAAGCUUCAGGGUUGCUCCGUGUAGCGACACAGGACGCUAUUCACAGGCUAUCGGAUCAAGAUAAUGUCCAGAUUGAAGUGGAUUUGGGAAUUGGUAACAAGAUAUCCAAGGUUCUUGAUAGAGUGGAGUUUGAUGAAGUGAACAAGAAUGUAUUUGAGGAAUGUGAGAGACUAGUUGUGCAGUGUCUGCGAGAUGCGAGAGUCGAGGUUGGUGAUAUUGACGAUGUGAUAAUGGUUGGAGGCUGUUCUUACAUCCCAAAAGUUAGAACCAUUCUCAAGAACGUAUGCAAGAAAGAUGAGAUUUACAAAGGUGUGAAUCCUGUAGAAGCUGCGGUUAGAGGAGCUGCUUUGGAAGGUGCGGUGACUUCAGGUAUUCAUGAUCCGUUUGGGAGCUUAGAUCUCUUGACGAUACAAGCCACAGCUCUUGCGGUUGGAGUAAGAGCUAACGGAAACAAGUUCAUACCCGUGAUACCGCGUAGCACGAUGGUUCCAGCUCGGAAAGACCUCUUCUUCACUACGGUUCAGGACAACCAGAAGGAAGCUUUGAUCAUUAUAUACGAAGGAGAAGGAGAGACCGUUGAAAAAAAUCAUCUUCUUGGAUAUUUCAAGAUCGUUGGGAUUCCACCGGCACCUAAAGGUGUUCCAGAGAUCAAUGUAUGUAUGGACAUCGAUGCUUCAAAUGCUUUGAGAGUUUUUGCAGCUGUGUUGAUGCCGGGAUCAUCGAGUCCAGUGGUUCCUGUGAUUGAAGUGAGGAUGCCAACGGUUGAUGAUGGACAUGGUUGGUGUGCUCAGGCAUUGAAUGUGAAAUAUGGAUCUACUCUUGAUUUGAUUACUCUUCAGAGGAAGAUGUAAGAUUUGAAAUAAAAAGCUGUUGGUGAUAGAUUUUAGAAAAUGAUGUAAGAUAUGACGAUGUUUCGUAUGAUGAUCGUAUAGAGAAGAGUGCAUAGUUUGUGUGUUUUGGGUUUGUUGUUGAAGUGGUAAACAAUGUUUAUGUGUGUAAGUAAAUAAGUAAUAAUGCUUUGCAGAUUGUAUAAUAAAAUCAGUGUUUUUGGACACUUUCUUUUGA